CAAAAUAAUGCAAGGAGGAGAAGAUGUUAGCAUUGAAGAGUUGGCUAAUAAUCUGUCUACCUACAAAGACCAGCUUCACCAGGUCAGACAGCUGUUAGAUGAUGAUCCUGGCAACUCUGAAUACAUUGAUAUGGAAAAAGAGCUUGAAGAGGUGUGCUAAUAUUCGUGAUGGCCAGUCUGCUCUUCCCCUGACCUCCUUUCAGAUGCUGAUCCUGAGAUUUAAGUUCUUGUGUUUUUUUCUUUUUUUUUUUUUGGGGAUAAAUACCUGCUCUUUAUGAAAUCUACGGUUGGAGAUAUAUUUUUACUGAAACAUUGGACUUGGGCUAAAGUUGCAGUAAUGCAGGUUAUCGCUUUGACGGAAGAACUUCUUUCAACAGCAAAGCAAAAUGAGGUUUCUGGAUCAAAUGUAGAAACGGGUGAUGACAGUGCAUCAAUUGGUUUCCAGCAGCCUAAAGAAAAUGAAAUGGAAGCUGGAAGCAUGUCUGAUUAUCAUGAGAAAUUUCCUAUCGGAACAAAAGUUCAAGCUGUUUGGAGUGAGGACGGGGAGUGGUACGAUGCUACAAUUGAAGCUCACACUGUAAAUGGUUUCUAUGUUAGUUAUGAUGGUUGGGGAAACAAAGAAGAGGUGGACCCUGCAAAUGUAAGAACAAUCCAACUGGAAGUUAAUGCUUUGCUUGAAGCAGAAAGAAUGGCUGAAGCUACAAAGCAGGCUAUCAAACGCAAGAUUGCUCAAGCUGCUUCUGUUGACUUUCAAUCCCGAAAUUUACCAUCAAAACUUCGAAUUGAACCUGAUGAUCCUGAGGAUGUAAAAGCCACCAAACGCAAGAAAAUACAUGCCUUCAAGUCAAAGAUGCGCAUAGAACAGCUUGAAGUUACCCAAAAUAAACGGCAGAAUGCUUGGCAGCAGUUUCAAUCAGCAAAAGGGAAAUCUAAGAAGAUUGGUUUCUUCUCUGGACGGAAGAGGGAGAGCAUUUUCAAGUCUCCGGACGACCCGAAUGGGAAGGUUGGUGUGACAGGAAGUGGAAAGGGUUUGACUGAGUUUCAGAAGAGGGAAAAACACCUGCAUCUCAAGGGUGCAACGGUGGAGAUGGAUGAGUAAAAGUGAGAUUAGAGUUUGUAGGUUGGUGGUUUCUUUGUAUGUAUCUUCAUUUAGUAUCCACAAUCCAGUUUAUGCGAUCUCCGUGGUUAGAUUCAUAUAAACGUGCUGAAAGUUUAGGCGGGGGGAUUCCCUCCAAGUAACAUAGUGUUUUCUUAUGAGAAUGGUUACAAAGCCUACCAUGACAGGGUCUCUCUUUUCCUUUGACAUUUUUAUGUUUACUUGUUCUAUUACCUUAUAGUUAAUGGGAUAUGCACAUUUACAUGAAAAACCCAA